AUGGCGAGUCUCUUUAUGAGGCUUGGGAGAGGUACAAGGCUACGAUCAGAAAAUGCUCUUCGGACAUGUUCUCAGAUUGGGGGCAGUUGCAGAUUCUUUUAUGAUGGAAUCACUCCAGCUUCAAGAAUUUUAUUGGAUAACUCUGUAGGAGAAUCUCUGCACAUGAAGAAGACUACUGAAGAGGCCUUAGAGUUGAUUGAGAUGAACAAGACCAUGUCUCAGAAUAUCAAUGUCAUCACUCAACACUUGGGAGGUAUGCAAGUUUCAAUUGUGAAUACCCAAGAUGCUUCAUAUGACAUGAGUGGUGGGGAAACUAAAGCCUCCAUCAGGAACUUGGAAGUCCAAAUGGGUCAAUUAGCCAAACAAGUUGCUGAGGUUGCUAAGAAGUCUACCAACAGCUUCUCUAGUAAUACAGUUCCAAAUCCAAGGGAAGAGUGCAAAGCUAUCCACCUGAGAAGUGGUAAGGCGGUAGGUAGAGAAGCCCAGGGUAGUGAGGAACAAGUUGAAGAAGCUCUGGAAAAAGCCAAAGACACUGAAGAGCAUGCCCCUACAAGCUCCUCCUCGAACCCAAAUAAAGCCAAGGAAGAGCAACCCAAGAGGCUUCAAAAGGCAACCAAGGACAAGCAAUUUUCAAAGUUCUUGGAAGUCUUCAGGAAGUUGCAAAUUAAUAUUCUUUUUGUUGAGGCUCUAGAGCAAAUACCUCUAUAUGCUAAAUUCAUGAAGGAACUGUUAACAAAGAAGAGGGAUUUGAAGGAAAAUAAAAUAGUGGUUCUUACCAAGGAAUGCAGUACUAUAAUUCAGAAAAAUCUCCCACAGAAGAUGAAGGAUCCGGGGAGCUUUUUAAUUUCUUACACCAUUGGUGAAGUCACUAUUCAGAGAGCUCUGUGCGAUCUUGGAGCCAGCAUCAACUUAAUGUCACUUUCUUUAAUGAGAAAGCUCCAAAUUGAUGAGGUAAAACCCACUAGGAUUUCUCUACAACUUGCUGACCAUUCAAUUAAAUUUUCACUUGGAGUUGUUGAGAAUUUGCUAGCAAAGGUAAAAACCUUUAUAUUUCCCGCUGAUUUUGUAAUCUUGGAUAUGGAGGAAGAUGUUAAUGCUUCUAUUAUUUUGGAAAGACCUUUUCUGGCUAUUAGGAGAGCCCUGAUUGAUAUGCAAAAGUGCGAGUUAACUCUGAGAGUCAAUAAUGAACAGAUUAUUCUUAAUGUGUUUGAGGCCUUACAACAUCUUAGUGACUCUGAGGAUUGCAUGAAAACUGAUUUGAUUGAGCCAUUGAUUUAA